UCCAAAACAGGAACAUGCACGUUCCACAUGUCGUUCAACUAAAAAUUAUUUUAUUAAAUGUAACCAAUGCUAUUUAAAUUAUUCCAGUUGUAGUAGUAGAACUUAUUCCAAAAUGUCUAAUUUACUAGAAGUAUUAGUGACGAGUGAUUCAAAUAAUACUUUAUGGACAUGCUGUGUUUGGGAUUCGAAUACCGGUACAAAUUUAAUGACCUAUCGAGGCGGUGGUACUGCAGAAUCUAGAACCUUGUCAUUCAUUGGAAAAGACUAUUUGGCAGCUGUUGAGCGAACAAAACCUAUUUUGCACGUAUGGCCCUUAAAUUCUCAACAAACGAUUCAAGACAUGAGGUUUAUUCUGCCAGGAAAGGCAAGCGCGUUUGCCGUAGCGCCUGAUGGCUCGUACUGCGUCGCAGGUAUAGAUGAAAAAAUUUAUUUGUGGCAAAUAUCAUCGGGAAACUUAUUGACCAUUAUAAACAGACACUAUCAAAAAGUAAAUCACUUGAAGUUCACUCCGGAUGGCCGCUUUUUCAUAUCUUCAGCAGAAGAUGGUAUGGUUAUGGUAUGGGCACUAGCAACAGUUGCGGCCAAUCCAGAAAUUGAACUAGUAACCCAGUCCACAGCUGGACAACAUGAUCCAGUAUAUAUUUUCUCUGAUCAUUCUUUACCAGUCACAGAUAUGUGUAUAAGCAAAACUGGUAUACAUGGACGGCUAUGCACUCUAUCAAGUGACAGAACUUGUAAGAUUUAUGAUUUAUCUUCAGGAGAGCUGCUCCUGAAUCUAAUUUUUGAUGAACCAUUAUCUUCAAUUGCAUUUGAUGUAUUGGAGCUGAACAUAUUUGUUGGAAGUACAGAGGGGAAAAUAUUUCAAUUUAGUCUAACAAAUCCUCCGCGUAAUAGAGAUGUACUAGUCAGUGAUGUUGAUAAAACACUUAUCUUCUCUUCCCACACUAAAGCUGUAACUUGCCUUUCUGUAUCCUUAAAUGGGGAGAUUUUGAUGUCAGGUGGAAAUGAUGAGCAAGUCAUCCUAUGGCAUAUUAAGAGCAGGCAGCCCAUCCGAACUAUAAGACACAAAGGAUGUAUUACAAACGCCUUCUUCACUACAAAUUUGGAAGCCAUAUACAAACAAGAAUUUUCCCCACACAUUAUUCUACACAGCUUAGAAAGGACAUUGGAGAAAGAUAGUGAUGAUAUCAAUGAAAUUGAAGUUUUGGUUGAGAAGAAAAUAAAUUUUUGGCCAUUAAAUAUUAUUGAGGAAGUAAUAAGCGAGGAUAAUGGUAUAAGAAAACAAGUAGAUAGUGAAACUAAUGAGCAAACAGCUUCUUUAGAAGAAGAAAUAGCUAAACUUCGGAUAAUAAAUGCAAACUUGUACAAAUUAUCUGUUGAAAAGGUUUUAGAUUCCAUUCCUGAAGUUAAAAAUAAUUCUAAGAAGAAAGGGAAGCAUAAACAUUAAUAAAAAGUGUAUACUAAUA